GCCUGCGUUCGGCGCACGGUGGGAGCCUCAGUUGAGUUGAGUUUUACCCGUCGUCGCUGCCGGAUCGUUGUCGACAAGUGCCGUGGCCGAUAUCGCUAAAUGUACAAAUACAUAUAUAUCCAAUCAAAAAUACAUACAUAUAUGCAUAUAUCGCAUUGCGUAUCUCCCAUUUACGUUUCUUUUUUUUUAUACAAAGUUUAAAGCUUAAUUGUGAAAAAUAGCGGAUAAUAAAAGCAAAUAAAAAAGAUUUUUCUACACACAAAUCCAACAAACGACAACCGCAACAGCCGCAACAACUGCAACGAAGUAACAAACAAACAAACAACGACAAGAGCAACUCUUAGCAAACGCACAUACUACCACGUUCCACACACUACAGACAUACAUACUGUACUGUUCUGCACUGUACUGCACUGCACUAUAUAGAUAUUACUUCCUCCUCCAACGUCAACCCUUCAGUGGAAUCGGAUCAAUCGAAUCGCAGACCAUAUCAGAUCCGUGGAUCCCCAGCAGCGGCCUGGAACGAGACCGAUAACGAAAGAAAGUGCCUUUUGCAUUUUCCACAUCCCACAAAAAACUAAGCCUAAGAAAGAGACGACGACGACGACGACGAGGAGAAGGAGAACGAACAGAAGAGGAAGAACGACAACGACGACGACGACGACGACGACGAGGAAGAAGUCGCCAGAAGAAUGUCCACACUAUCGCUGCGCAUACAGCUGGAAGGGGGUCGUGUGACCAAGACGAUCCAAUUCCAACCAAAUACCACAGUCUUCGAUGCCUGCAAGAUCAUCCGUGAUAAGUUCGCCGAGGCAGUGCAAGGACAACCCAGCGAAUAUGGCCUGUUCAUAUCGGACGAGCAGAACCAGCAGGGCGUGUGGCUGGAAGCGGGUCGCACCCUCGGCUACUACAUCCUGCACAACCAGGACACUCUGGAGUACCGCCGCAAGCUGCGCACCCUGCGCGUCCGGAUGCUGGAUGGGGCCGUAAAGACAAUUCUCGUGGACGACUCCCAGCCGGUGUCGCAGCUGAUGGUCGUGAUCUGCACGAAGAUUGGCAUCACCAAUCACGAGGAGUACGGCCUGGUGCGCGAGGACAAUGAGGCGCAGAACGAGAAUCUGCCGGACAACAAGUUCGGAACGCUGACCCUCAAGCGCAAGAUCAUGGAGAAGGAUCGCGAUGCCAAAAUGGAAAGUCUCCGCAAGAAGCUCAAGACGGACGAUGAGAUGAACUGGGUGGACGUGAGCCGUACCUUGAGGGAGCAGGGCAUUGAUGAGGCCGAAACAGUUCUGCUGCGUCGUCGGUUCUUCUUCUCCGACCAGAACAUCGAUUCGCGGGAUCCCGUGCAGCUGAAUCUUCUGUAUGUGCAGGCCAGAGACGCCAUUCUAGAUGGCACGCAUCCAGUCACCCAGGAGAAGGCUUGCGAGUUCGCUGGCAUCCAAGUGCACAUACAAUUCGGACCGCAUAACGAGGCCAAGCACAAGCCCGGAUUCCUAGACUUGAAGGACUUCCUGCCUCAGUCGUAUGUGCGCGUCAAGGGCAUCGAAAAGAAAGUGUUUGUGGAGCAUAAAAAGCAUUCGGACCUCUCCGAAAUCGAUGCCAAAGUCCUGUACACGAAGACCGCCCGGGAGUUGCCCACGUACGGCACGACCUUCUUUCUGGUCAAGGAGAAGAUGAACGGCAAGAACAAGCUGGUGCCCCGCCUGCUGGGCGUCACCAAGGACUCAGUGCUGCGGCUGGACGAGCGCACCAAGGAGAUUCUCAUCUCGUGGCCCCUCACCACAGUCCGUCGCUGGGGCGCCUCGCCGAACACCUUCACGCUGGACUUUGGCGACUACGCCAACCAGUACUACUCCGUGCAGACCACGGAGGCCGAGCAGAUUGUCCAACUGAUUGCUGGCUACAUCGACAUUAUCCUGAAGAAGAAGCAGACCAAGGAUCACUUUGGCAUCGAGGGUGACGAGGGCUCCACCAUGGUCGAGGAGUCCGUAGCCCCAUCAAAGGCCACCUUCUUGCAACACGAAACGAACCGCGUGGAGCAGCUCAACGUCGAGAGCUUGGCCCAUCCGGGAAUUAUGCGUCCCUACGACGGCGAGCGUUCGUUUACACAGAACGAGGUGCAGACCGUACAGUAUGGCGCCUUCGUUGGCCAGGUGAACCAUGCCCACCAGCCCCCGACGACUAAGGAAGUUCGGAUUAGUUCUGUGAAUCUAACGGAGCCGCAGAGGGCGCUGCUGGGCUACAUAUCCGCUGGCCAGGAUGUCUUGAUACGCGCCGACGAAGAGCUGCGCACAAAGGCACCCAUCCAGGAGCUGGGCAGCGAUCUGCGCUCCAUUGAGUGGCGCGAGAACACGUUGGACACCUCCAAGCAGGCCGUCAGCAGCCAUGUGGCUACAAUGAGUGCAGCCACCGCUCAGAUCAUCACCGCCUCCCAGCCGGACGAGGUGGACACCGAAGCCAUCUCCGCUUCAGUGUCGCAGAUAGCCCAAACCAUACCGGAGGUCACGCGGGAGGUGCGUCUGAUUGCCGCCCUCAUGGAGAACGACACAAACGGGGACCAGCUGCUGGAGGCAGCGCGCAAUCUGUGCAACGCCUUCAGCGAUCUGCUGAAGGCUGCCGAGCCGGAGAGCAAGGAGCCGCCACAGAAUCUGAUCAAUGCGGCCAGCCGUGUGGGCGAGGCUACCACGCAUGUCCUCAGCUCCAUUGCCGAGGAAGAGGUGCCCGAGAAUCGGGACCUGCACGACAUGCUCCUGGCCCUGGCCAAGGCGGUGGCCAACACCACGGCCGCCCUCGUCCUGCGGGCCAAGAACAUAGCCGCCAGCUGCGAGGAUGAGCAGGCGCGCAACCGCGUCAUCGGAGCGGCCAGCCAGUGCGCCCUGGCCACCAGCCAACUGGUGGCCUGUGCCAAGGUUGUGGCCCCCACCCUGCACAACGCCGCCUGUCGCGAGCAACUCGAGGCGGCGGCCAGGAACGUGGCUCGGGCUGUGAACUCCUUGUGCGAGGUGUGCAACGAGGCCAGCAACGACCCCAAGCUGAAGGCCGACCUCCUGGCCGCAGCCAGAGACGUCUCCAAGAGUCUAACGGACAUGCUGGAGCACGUGAAGCUGAGCUCCCGGGAGAACGCCAGCCGCACCAGCACCGAGCUGAGUCCCGUUGAGAACGUGAUCAUCGGCACCGACAUCUUGGUGUCCACCCACGAUCCCCAGGAGAUGGUGCGUCAUGCCCGCACCCUGGGCAAGACCACGGCCCAGCUGAUUCAGAGCAUCAAGGGCGAGGCGGAACAGCAGCAGGACAUGGACAUGCAGCGACGCCUGCUAUCCGCUGCCAAGCAGUUGGCCGAUGCCACCGCCAAGCUGGUGGAGGCGGCCCGUCUGUGCUCCUCCAAUCCCCAUGAUACGGACAACCAGAACGCCUUGCGUCGUGCCGCCGAGGAGCUGCGAGAAAUCACCACGACAGCGGCCAAUACGCCAGCCAUGAAGCGGAGCCUCAUCCAGCGACUGGAGUACUGCUCGAAGCAGGCGGCCACAGCGGCCACCCAAUGCAUCUCGGCGGCCCAGAACGCGGUACAGCACAGCCAGGACCAUCAGACGAAGGAGUCGCUGCUGCAAGACUGCAAGCGGGUGGCGGACACCAUCCCCAGGUUGGUGACUUCCCUGAAGACAACGCGAGCACAGCCAGACGAACCGCACGCCCAGUUGAAUCUCAUCGAGGCAGCGGAGCAGUUCAUCGAGCCGGCCCUCCAGGUGUCCAAGUCCUCGCGGGCCCUGCAGCCCACCGUCACUGAUAUACCCUCGGCCACGCAGCUCUCGAAGAGUGCCCUCCAUUUGGGCCAGAGUGUGUCCGAGCUGCACUCGGUGGCACAGCGUGCACGGGAUGCGUGCGGCGGACAGGAGCUGGAGUCGGCCCUAGAGGCAGUUCGAAAGCUGCACGACGUGCUGGACGAUACGCGUCAGGCGGCCCUCGCCGGCCAGCUGCGUCCCCUGCCCGGAGAGACGGUGGAGAAUACCGCCGACGAGCUGCGGAAGUCGGCCAAGAAUGUGGGCAUCGCCCUGAGCCAACUGUUGUCCUCGGUGCUGCAGAACCAGCGCAGCUAUGCGGGAGCCGCAGGCAGAGACACGGCCCUGGCACUGGGAGACUUUACCAAGAGCGUGCACGGAGUGGCGGCCACCACCCAGAACCCGGCCAUCAUUGACUGCGCCGACGAUGUGGUCACCAGCUCGACGCGACUCAUUGAGCAGGCACAGCGCACACUCCAGGGAAUAUCCGAUCCGCAGGCCCUCACUCAGGCGGGACGAGAUGUGACGGGAGCUCUUUCGGCCACCGUGGACUGUAUCCCCGGACAGCGGGAGGUCGAUGUGGCCCUGAGGAAUGUGAGCGAUCUCAGCGAGAUCCUGUCGAUGAGCGAGUUCCCGCCCUCGGGCAGGCCCUAUGCCACCCUCCAGUCGGAGCUAAAGCAGGUGGCCGAGCAUCUGAGCAGCUCUGGGGGCCAGAUUGUGGUCUCGUACGCCUCGCCAGCACUGCUGGCCGAGACCAGCCAGAACUUUGCGGCCAACUAUCGGGAUCUGCUGUCGGUCAGCAUGGAAAUGGCCGGCCAGACGCAGGAGGAUUCGGUGCGCUCGCAAAUCAUCGAGUGCCUGCGGCAUGUGUCCACUCAGUCGUGCUCGCUGCUGUCGACGGCCAAGUCGAUUGCCGCCGACCCCGGCCAGCCGAAUGCCAAGAAUCUGCUGCAUGCCGCUGCCCGCGGCGUCACCGAGAGCAUCAACCAGCUGGUGGAUGCCAGCAUACAGUCCGCCCCGGGUCAAAAGGAGUGCGACAAUGCCAUGCGGAAUAUAGAGGCCCUGCGGAGGAUGCUGGACUACCCCCACGAGCCGAUCAACGAGCAGGGGUACUUUGACUGCGUGGAGCAGGCAACGGGCAAGUCGCGGAACCUCGGCUACGCCAUCUCCGAGAUGAUCAACAACGCCAAGCAGUCGCAGCACGUGGAGUUCAGUCAGUCGGUGAACAACGUCAACGACUCGAUCCAGGGCCUCAUCGAGAGCUCCUCCCAGGCCGCGUAUUUGAUUGGAGUGUCGCAUCCGUCGAGCGUGGCCGGACGGCCGGGCAUCAUCGACCAGGCGCAGCUGACGUGGGCUUACCAGGGCAUCCGCCAGCACUGCGACAUCGUGAGCAGCCAGCAGUCGGCGAAGCCCCAGAUGAUCUCCGCUCUGACGGUCAUUGCCAAGCACACCAGCUACCUGUGCUCCAUCUGCCGCCAGGCGUCGAUGAACACCUCCAAUCCGGUGGCCAAGAACGAGUUCAUUGUGUUGGCCAAACAGGUGGCCACCGCCACCUCAGAUCUGGUGCAGGCCAUCAAGGCCAUUGAGGAGCAGCCACAGGGAGGAAGCCGCGAGCGUUUGGUGGAGCCCCUCCUGGAGGCCGUGAAGGCCGUCCGACAGUACGCCUCCAGUCCGGAGUUCAUAUCGAUCCCAGCCAAGAUAUCGGCAGAGGGCCGGAAGGCCCAAGAGCCCGUCAUCCAGGCGGGACGUGGGGUGAUCGAUGGCGUUGUGGAGAUGGUCAAAGCAGCCAAGUCGCUGGCCCUCUCCCCGGAUAAUCCACCUGUUUGGCAGCAGCUCUCCAUGCACUCGACGCCCGUGUCCGAGUCGGUCAAGCGGCUGGUGGACAACAUCAGGGACAAGGCGCCCGGCCAGGCCCAGUGCGAGCAGGUGCUCCACACCCUGGGGACCUGUACCCGAGAGCUGGACAGCUGUGCGCUGGCCGUCAAUGCCCAGGGCCUGAGCCAGCGACGGGACAACAAUCUGCACGGCUUCAGCGGCCAGACCCUGAACUCUGCCGCCGAGCUGGUGGACAAACUGGAGCCCAUUCGAGUGGCGGGCAAGAACAAUGCCGAGCAGCUGGGCCAUGCCGUCGGCGAGAUAUCGCGGUAUGUGGUGCCCAUGGUGAACGGGGCCAUCGGUGCCUGCACCCACAUCGUGCACAGCCAGCAGCAGAUGUCGCUGAUCAACCAGACGCGCUCCGUCGUGGAGAGUGCCAUUACGCUCGUGCAGUCGGCCAAGGACUCGGCCGGCAAUCCCCGAGCCACCCAUGCCCAUCCGCGGCUGGACGAGGCCAUCGACGGGACGCGGGAGGCCAUUCAGGAACUGCAGCAGACCGUGGAGAAGAUCAACGCGGAGACAGGCAUCGUCACGGGCCUCAUGGAGCAGAUCAACCGAUCGAUCACGCGGCUCACCGACAAGCGGCAGUCGCUGCUGAAUGCCUCCUACUCGGACACCUUUGUCGACUACCAGACACGCAUGGUGGCCCGGGCCAAGGAGAUCGCCAGCCUGGCCAACGAGAUGAAUGCCAAGAGCAGCGUGGAGCCGGCGGCCCUGCCCCAGCUGGCCAUCGACAUGACCCAGCACUAUCAGCAGCUCACCCAGGACUCGGUGGGAGCGAGCACCACCACCAGUUCCCAGGACGUGGGCAUGCGCAUCCGCACCACUGUCAUCGAUCUGGGGCGCUCUGUCACCUCCAUGAUCCAGUCGUCCGCGGGCGGAGCACGUCCCAACGAUGUGGGCGCCCAGAAGGACAUUGCGCGCAAUGCCCGCGAGGUCUCCGAGAAGGUGGCCCAGGUCCUGGCAGCCCUGCAGGCUGGCUCCCGCGGCACUCAGGCCUGCAUCAAUGCGGCCCACACCGUUUCGGGCAUCAUCGGGGAUCUGGACACGACGAUUAUGUUCGCCACAGCGGGCACUCUGCACUCCGAGGGCGAUGGCAGCUUCGCCGAUCAUCGGGAGCACAUUCUUCAGACGGCCAAGGCUCUUGUCGAGGACACCAAGGUUCUAGUAACCGGCGCCGCAGGCAGUCAGGAUCAGCUGGCCAGUGCCGCCCAGAAUGCUGUGUCCACCAUAACCCAACUGGCGGAAGCCGUGAAGCGUGGCGCCUGCUCUUUGGGCUCUUCCCAGCCCGAUUCCCAGGUAAUGGUAAUCAAUGCCGUCAAAGAUGUGGCCUCUGCCCUCGGGGACUUGAUCAACUGCACCAAACUGGCAUCGGGCAAGUCCAUCAGUGAUCCCUCCAUGCAGGAUCUCAAGGAGAGCGCUAGGGUGAUGGUGUUGAACGUUUCCUCGCUGCUGAAGACCGUCAAGGCUGUGGAGGAUGAGCACACGCGCGGCACACGUGCCAUGGAGGCCACCGUCGAGGCCAUUUCCCAGGAGAUACGCGCCAUGCAAGCACCCCCGCCAGUGGGCAGCACCCAGGUGGGACCCGAGGAUCUAAUUCGUGUGACCAUGAACGUGACGGCCGCCACUGCCAAGGCUGUGGCUGCUGGAGCUUCCAAUCUGCAGGCGGACAUUGUGUCCGCAGCCAAUCUGGGCAGACGGGCCAUCUCCGACAUGCUGAUUGUAUGUCGCUCCGUGGCCUGGAACUGUGCCGAGACGGAGGAGUUGCGUGUCCGCACGCUCGAGGCGGGCACAUCUGUGGGCGAGUCGUACAGGGAUCUGCUGAACGGCAUCCUCCACAAUUGCAGUGCCGACGAUCGCAUGCACUUAUCGCGACGCGUGGCUAAGUGCGUCACAGAUCUGGUGGCCAUGGCCAGGCUGUUGAAGGGCUCCGACUGGAUCGAUCCCGAAGACCCCACAGUCAUAGCCGAGAACGAGCUGUUGGGUGCCGCCGCCUCCAUCGAUGCUGCGGCCAAGAAGUUGGCCUCGCUGCGACCACGUCGACAGGCCGAUGUGAAGAUCGAACUGGACGAGAACAUGAAGUUCGAUGAGAUGAUCCUGGAGGCUGCCAAGGGCAUCAUGGCUGCCUCCGCGGCCUUGGUGCGGGCAGCGAAUGCUGCCCAGCGUGAGCUGAUUGACCAGGGCAAAGUGGCGCGCCGUCCACUCACCAGCUCCGACGAUGGCCAGUGGUCGGAGGGUCUCAUCUCGGCCGCUCGUCUGGUGGCUGCUGCCACACACAGUUUGGUAGAGGCCGCCCAAAAUCUGGUGCGCGGUGUGGGCACCGAGGAGAUGCUCAUAUCCACGGCAAAGCAGGUGGCUGCCUCCACGGCCCAACUGCUGAUUGCCUGCAAGGUGAAGUCCAAUCCCAAUUCGGAGGCCGGACGCCGUCUGCAGGCGGCUGGCAAUGCGGUCAUCAAGUCCACCGACAACCUGGUGCAUGCCGCCCAACAGGGCCUGGAGGCGGAGGAGGAGCACUCGCUGAAGAUCAACACAUCGAUGGUGGAUGGCAUGGCGCAGGAGAUCAACGCCCGCUCCGCCGUUCUGCGCAAGGAGAAGGAGCUGGAGGAGGCGCGCCAGCGGCUGAAGCAUGUCCGACAGGCGCAACGAUACGCCAAGAAUCCCCAAGGCUUCACCACCGACGAGAGUGACACGGAGUACGCCUACGGGACGCUCAACAAGAGCCAGAACAAUACUCUGGGUCGCAGCGGCUACUAUGCGUCUGGGGAGAUUCCCAGUUCGCCGAGCUACUUCUCUGGCGGCGGCGGCAGCAGCAGUCAGCAGAAGCAUCAUUACAACUAUGCCAGUCCGCAGCCGCAGCACUUCCACCAUCCGGGAGCCGUGUCUCCGCCGCCCGCCAACUACCCGGGAAUGGACGAUCACGAUACCAUUGGAGACUUUCCACCACCACCGCCGCCGCUGUCGACGACCAUUUCUAACAUGCAAACCGCCACUUCGGGUCACAGCUUCCGCCCUAAUCCCAAGCUAACAGCCAAUGCAGUGCCGCGCCCCUACCCAGGCAGUCCUGGCGGCAGCAACGGCCUAUCAUCCGCACCCACUGGCGUCGGCCUCACACCCACUAAUGCCAACUACCAGCAUAGCUUUGAAUCGUCCAGCACUAAAACGCAAAACUCAUCCUCCUCCGCUGCUGCUCCUGCUCCGGCUGCGGCUCCGGCUCCUCCGGCUGUGCCACAGAAACCGCAAGUGAAUCGCAAUCUGGAGGCAUGCGUGCAGGACCUGCAUGACAAAACCUUUGGCCAGGGCGGCGUGGUACAGCUAACGGGCGGAAAUGGCUAUCCCGGUCAGAGCUACGAGGGUUACACGUCAAGAUACGAGACGCGCAACUUUGAUAAGUCGGCCAACAGCAACAACACCACCAGCAGCAGCGAACAACAACAACAGCAGGCGCUGGUGAAGCCCCUAGAAUCGAGCUUCUCCCAGAUGACGCUCAACACAGAUGGCGGCAAGAUCAGCAUUGUCGACCAAGGCUCGGAGCGACUCACCUCGAUGACACAGCGCGUGAUGGAGCGCAAAUCGUUCACAACAACAACGGAAUCCCGCUCUGAGACGAAGACGGAGAAGCACAGUUUUCGAUUGGAAUGAGUUGGCAGGGCCCGUGUUCCGUGCAGUGUUCUAGUAGUUGCUUAAGUAAAUGUUUUCUCGCCUGGCGCCAUGUCAUUGUUUGCCAAAAGUGCUUUUAACAUUUACAUCCACAUACACAUACUAAUAGGAAUAAUGUAAUUUUAAUUGUAUUUAGCCACUAGCGAAACUACAUCUAUGCACUAUCUACCCAUACCAUAUAUAAUCGGCCUAAUAUUAACACUUUAAUAUCGCUAUCCGACUAUUUGACUUUCUAUGUAUACCUUCGGGCAUCUGUUGUCAACGUGUUUAUCUGCCAAUUAAUUGCCAAUAUAUACGAUAAUGCAAACGAAAUUAGGUCAGUUCAAAUGAGUUCAGGCAAAACAUGUUCAAAAUUCAAAACGAAACCACAUCUAACCCUUAAUAUAGCCCGUAAUAUUUACAACUUUGGUUCUGUUCUACACUUUGUUGUUAUUUCAAUGCAAUUUAUUACUGUGCACUAAACAUGGUUUCUUUUACUGCCUGACGUAAGGAAAAGCCGCGUGUUCUUCAACCCAAUGGAGCACUAAAAAUA